AGCCUCCUCCGCCGCUCCGCACCUUCAUCGUCUCUGCUCUCUGUGGGACAACAUUAUGCGGGCUGUCGUGUUUUACGGCAGCAUCUUGCCAUUGCACCUUUUCCUCUGCGUUCAUUCUUUGCCGGUGCACGACCGGAGGACCGGGAAGCAGCUGCAGGGAUGGCCUCACAGCAACAGUCACACUGGUGAGAAGAAGAGGGGAAGACACGAGCAGGACACGCGAAAUGAAGACUACCAUUUGAAGUUUUUUGCAGCUUCCCAAAAUGAUACAGAGUUCUGGAAGCGUCCUCGCUGUGGAGUCCCAGACUAUCCCACCCUAACGCAGGCCAACAUGUCAUACUACCACCUGAAGAAGAAGAAGGCGGGAGGCCUGAGUAGACAGCAGCGCAAAAAGCGAUUUGCACUGUUUGGAGGGCGGUGGGAGAAAACUGACCUCACCUACAAGAUCAUGCGUUUCCCCUGGCAGAUGAGUGAGGAAAAAGUGCGACGUGUCUUCCAGGAGGCGUUUGGUGUGUGGAGCGCAGUGACUCCUCUGAGGUUCAGAGAAGUCACCGAUGAGAAACCUGACAUCGUCAUUGAUUUCAACAGGUACUGGCAUGACGACAGCUUACCAUUCGAUGGACCUGGAGGAAUCCUCGCUCAUGCCUUCUUCCCCCGCACUCACAGACAGGGAGAAGUCCACUUUGACUAUGAUGAGCACUGGACUGUGGGCAACGAUGUGGGCACAGAUCUCCUACAAGUGGCAGCUCAUGAGUUUGGCCAUGUCCUCGGCCUGCAGCACUCCCUGGAGCCUGACGCCAUCAUGUGUCCGUUUUACAGCGACUCCUACCCUCCGCAGCUAAGCGAGGAUGACAAGCGGGGAAUCCAAUAUCUGUAUGGACCCCCUCAGUACACACCGCCUGACAUGACAGAGACCAAUGAGAUUGACACUGCAUUGCCCGAUGCCUGCAGAACAAACUUUGAUGCCGUGUCCAUGAUCAGGGGAGAACUCUUCUUCUUUAAGUCUCGAUACGUUUGGCGUAUCCGCGACGGUCAGCUACAGCCUGGAUAUCCAGCUCUGUCUUCACGCCACUGGAGAGGAAUUCCUGACCACAUCGAUGCUGCAUAUGAAGACAAGUCCGGCAACAUCUGGUUCUUUCGAGGUGACAGCUACUGGGUGUUUGAUGCUGAGAGGAAGAUAACAGGACCAGAUUCAGUGCAGCGGCUGGGUCUUCCUGUAACAGAUAUCCAAGCAGCUUUGAAGUGGGAAAAAGACCACGUUGAGAAAGUCUACCUGUUCAAAUCUUCUUCAUACUGGCCCUUCAAUAUUCAUGAGAAUCGAGUCGAUGACUUCCAUCCUCGCAGCAUCCAUGAGUGGGGAGGAGUGCCCAGUCAUAUCGAUGGAGCCUUUUGGGACAGCUAUGGAUUUGCCAAUUUCCUGAGUGGGCCUCACUACUGGAAGUUUGACCCUACGACGCUGAAGGUGCUGGAAGGCUACCCCCGCAGCAUUGGCAUGGAUUUCUUUGGCUGCUCUGCCUCUCUGUCUCAAUAAGUUCAUUCAUAUAGAUUGACUAAUCUUAAGCAGAGCGGUGGAAUUAUUUUUCAGUUUAAUCUCCCAUACAAAUAUUUUGGAAAUAUACAUAAGUUUGAUGUGUUUUUUUAAGAACUACCAGGUGGAUAUAACAAGAAAGUCUUGCCAAAGUCACAGUUACAUUUUUAAACAUUUGAAAUUUGACUUGCUUUUAAACUUUUAACAAUACAUACAUGUGUACGUUUGGUUUCUAAACUUUACUGUGAGUGUAAGUUCGAAAAAGUCAGUCAGUAUUGAUUUACUUUUGCAGGGGUACAAGUGUUUAAGUUUGAGAACACAUCUGGAAACAGCUGGAUGAAAUUGUGGAUGGUGAUGAAAUUCACAAGCUUUACAUCCAAGCUUUGGUCCUACAAUCCAUUGCCAAGUUGUCCGUGUCCAAGCAUUUGUGUUGCAGAAAAACAUUGUCAUCACAAGAGCCCGUCAGUGAAAGCAGGAUUAUAAAAGUAGAAAAAGAUGAGGGCACAGCCAUCUUGUUUGAAUAAACUUUAUUGAACUGUCAGCAAACAAAGCAAAUACCAGCUUGGUGCUUACAUCUGUUUUGUGCAGACAAGUUACAGGCACUGGCUGCAGGAAGGUUGAUUAAAACUUGUAGUGUGAGUUAAUAUAAAAUUGUGUGAUGUAAAUGCUGUAUGCACAUAUGACUGGCCCUGUGAGACUGGCAAAGUUGCAAAGGGAUUGACAUUACACAGAGAAGAGCAUCACUGCAGUUUGGAAUGCAUACACUCCGUCUACUCAGCCUAACAUCUUUUACAAUCUUGACCUUUAUUGGUAUUUCCAUGAGUUUAGAAUUAUUUGUUAUUAAUAAUUGCAUUUGUGCUUUGACUGCUUCUGCAGUUUCCUUUGACCUCAACCACAAAUCAUGUGGCUUUGCAGAAAUGUCUCUGCAAUCCAUUUUAUACCAAGAAAUCAGGACCAGUCAGGAAAUGACCAAUUUUUGCUGAUGCAGAGCGGCACUGUAAUAAUGGAAUUAUUAACAAAAGUGUUUCCAGUCUAGUAGUUAGCAUGAAGACAGAUAAGCUGCUGUCCUGAUGCUGACCUGAUGUGGUGAAAGGCGGAGUUGCUUUUGCUUUUUUGUGCUGCAAAUGACUAGUUUGUGUCAGAUGCGACAGGAGAAUGAUAUUCACUGCAGCAUGUCCAAAAUUAAUGAAGCCAUGUGCUACAUCAAGCCAUGUGUUUCAGUUUUCUAUCUUAUUUAAGGUGCUAUUUAAGGUUCUGUAGGCAAGGUAAACCAGUACCUCAUAUGUUGUUCACAUUCAAAAAUAUCUGUUCUUUUCAUUAUUAUUCACUGUACUCCUUCGGAGCAUUUUUAUAGAGGCAUUUAGUAGUCCUCAAUAUCUGUUAAAGAGUUUUGACUCAGUUCUCUGAUUGUAUUUUACUUUCUUUAGAAAAACACUGAGACUGUAUCAUUCUCAGAAAAUAUAAACCAGCAUUAUGGCUGACUGUGGUCUGCUAUAAAUCAGUCAAACCUAAUCAGAGAGAGGAGACAGAGCUUCACUAUGGUUAGAGUUCAUGUAUAUUUUUAUGGAUAUUACGUAUGUUCACUUAUAUUAAAGGUGUUGCUGUUUCUAAUCAGUGCAGGACACUGAUGAUUGUACUGACCUGUAAAAUACACUGUGGUGUGCCUGCAAAAACAGCAGUCCAGUGUAGCAUGGAUUUUGUGUUGUGAUUUUCAUCAUUGUCAACAUGCCUUGACAACAUCUUAAGUUCUAUUUUGCUGUCCUUUUGACAUAUACUACUCUGUUUGCCUUUAUAUCCAAUGGUUUGUCAUGGCAAUAAAUCAGUUCUUUGUUUAAAAUUAAAUAAAUAAAUUUUUUAAAAUCAAA